AAAAGAGAGAAAGAAGAAUCAGAGUGAGAGUCAGUACAGACGGAGCGCGGCUGGAAAUACCCAACUCUGAAUCUUUGCUGAAGCAAAGAAAUGAACGUCUUCACAGAGAUACAACUGCAAGCCUCCCAAAUAAGAGAGACACAUCGUUUAAUACAGUGUAUAAAAGAAAAUAACCAUGAUGAGCUGAAAGACUUACUGAAGGAGAGCAACGUCAAUCAAGCUUACCUAUGUGCUGCGUGUAAUGACUACAUAACCCCACUGAUUGCGGCUGUUAUUAGCCACAACAAGAGCAUUUUUACUUUACUUUUGAAGAAGAGUGCAAACCCAGAUGUUGUUUCUCAGAGAGGCUUAACAGCUUUGCAUUAUGUCUCAAUAUGCAAAGCACCCCCUUUUUUUGUGGAGAAACUGCUUGAAGCAAAAGCAAAUCCAAAUGGGUGGAAUCAACAGUUAUUCUCACCCCUGCAUUAUGCUGCCUUCAACGACAGGGACGAUGUCUUCAAAUUACUUAUUUCUGCUGGAGCACUGAUAACUCUGUCACCCAUCACUGAUCCUGAUUAUAUCAGUCAUGAUGAAAAAAUAUAUCAGAAGAUUCAGAACCUUUCACUGAAAGGAGAUGAACUGUGCUCCAAAGUCAGUUUUUUCCUGAAUGUUGUUCAGGCCGUCAGAAAGAAAAAAUCUGAUGAAGUUUUUCAAACCUUUGAUAGUGACAUGCUGCUGGAGCAUCCUCAGAAUCAUCUGACCAUAAUAGAGAUACUUUUCAAUGUAACUGGACCAGAUGCAGAAAAGUACCAACAGAGAAGUAUCACAUGGCUGAAGGACACUGGCAAUGUGGAGUCCUACAUUGCAGGUGUGAUCAGUCGCUUUCCAAACAUGUCACAGGAAUGUUUAAAUCAGCUAAUUGUUACUAUACAUGCAGUUUUGUGUACAGUUGAAGAUGUACAACAUGAACAAGCAUGUGCCCUGAUCCCACUACUACUGGAACAGCUUGGCUCAGAAAAGAGACCUGAUGUAUGUGAAUUCAUUCUGCAAACUCUUUAUGUGAUAACACAGAAAACAAAAGACAAAAAUGACUUUGAUCCUGCCUUCAUCGAGAAGAUGUGCAGAACAAUAGCUCCAUUUGUGCAUGAGAAACACUCCACAGACACAAGAGUCCUCACCUAUGGCAUAUUUGGAAACUUGCUCUCGUUCGAUAAUGCAGUAAACUUCAUUACAUCAGCAGGGGUAACUUCAGUGCCUGAUGACAUACUGACAUCUGCAGGUAUGAAAAUACUAAAAGAUCUUAAAGAAGUGAUCAGAAGACUGAAAAAUAAUCUUAGCAAAUCAAACUCAGAGUGUGAAGACUUACCUGGGUCCAAGAAAAAGAAGAAAAAUAAAAAGAAGAAGAAAAAGAAGGGGAGGCAAGGAGACCCAAAUGAUGAUGACGUUAGCUCUAGCACUGAAGUAACAGCAGCAGAGCAAUUCAACAUCAACACUACUGCAACAUCAACACAACGCAGUUGGAAUAAAGUCAGUGAGAGGUGGAGAGGAAAACUAGAGAAGCUCUGGAGCACUGAUAAAGUAACCCGACUAGGGAGCAUGAUUUAUGUGAAUAAUGAAGAAUUUCGCAUAGCAAAGGGGAGCGAUGGUACUGAAGUCUUCUUGGGACUGAGAGAUGAUGGCACUGAAGUUGCUCUAAAGAAGAUGACAAAAAGCAACUAUCGAGAGCUGAAGAAUGAGGAAGGAUUUCUACGACUUCCAGAGCUGGAUCAUCAAUCCAUCGUGCGAUAUGUUGACUUUGCAGAUGAUGACAACUUUGGAUAUCUUGGUCUCCAACUUUGUGAGUACACCCUGGAAGAAUGCAUCACCGCAAAUAAAGAUGGUGGUCCGGAGGAGAAGAAUCUUGUCCAUCAGGUCCUUGAGAGUUUGAAGGUGCUCCAUGGCCAAAAACCUCAGAUUCUUCACCGAGAUCUGAAACCACAAAAUGUUCUGCUUGAUGUCACUGGGAGGGCAAAGUUAGCUGAUUUUGGCAUCAGUAGACGGAUUGCCAAAGGUCAAACUACUAUUCGCACAGGACCUGCUGGAACAAAGUGCUGGAAGGCAAAGGAGACUAUAAUAGCAAAAGCUGACGUACCGUACAAGUCCAACACUGAUGUGCAGGUGGCAGGCAUGCUGGUUUAUUAUAUCCUCUCUGGGGGACACCAUCCUUUUGGUGACGAGGAUUAUAAAUGUGAGAGCAACAUCGUUGAAGGCAGAUACAUUUUAGACCAUGUUCCAGAUGUGGUGGCAAAGGAUCUCAUUGAGUGGAUGAUCAAUGAAGAACCAAGGAAGAGACCGAAAGUUGAAGAAUGCCUGAAUCAUCCUUUCUUCUGGGGCCCACGGAAGAGAUUAGAGUAUUUGAAACAGAUUGGAAACCAGGACGAAGUGGCAAAGUUUAAAGAUGCUGAUCCAGAGUUAAUUUCUUCGAUGGAAAGAUGUGCCGAGGACAGAUCCUUCAAAGAGUGGAAAAAUCAGUUCCCACUAGAAUUGGUCCAGAAGUUGGAUGGCAAGAAGAAAACCUACUCUGACAACAUUUUGGGACUGCUGCGCUUCAUGAGAAACCUCCUUGUGCACUAUCCAAAGGAGGCAGAUGAAGUUAAACUGAAAUCAAUGUUUCCUGCUCUAUUUGGCUGCGUAUACACAUGUGCAAAAAGCAGAGAGUGGAAUUCAAGGCCUGACCUGAAGGGAUUGUUUAAAAGAGAAGAGUUUCCAGGAGACGACAUGACCACCACAGCUGCAGUCUCAUCUACAAACACUGAUGAAAAUGUGAAAAGUCCGAUCCAAGAAUCUCAAACAUCCACUAAACCUACUGAAAAGUGACACCAGGAUCAAAGCACCAGGUACUUGAUUUAGCAGCAUCUUGAUUCAGAUGUUAACUAGGCCUGGUGUCACAGAGUGGACUUGAAUUAACUGUUGCUGUAUGCAAUAUCACCACUAGCUGGAUGAUUAUCAUGACAACAAAUCCUACAUUUGUAUUUUGCUGUGGAAGCACAAGUAGCAACAACACAUCUGGAAGCCUCUUGAUGUUGGAGGCCUGGCUCUUUGACAUGAGCUAUAACUAGGAGAGAUUUUUUAACAUUGAAACAUGUGAUCUGUGCUCUUAUAGAAGGCAGUCACAUGCAUAAAUCUAUGAGAGAAUUAAAAAUCAAACUAAGAAUAAAAGUCCAGCAAAGAGAGAAUAAUGAAAAAGUGAUAACAUUUUAAAAUCAUGCCUCAGAACAGAGCUCUGGGUUGUAUUAAGUUUUUCUGUGUCUAUUUUUUAAUUGCAUGUAUUUCUCUGUCUUUCACAUUUGAAAGACAUUUAAAGUGUUUGUAAAAUUCAACAUGUCACACUGUAAAGCUGUAUUUUUUCUUUCUUUAUAUAAGUGUACCGUAUAAAGGGCCUUGUUGUGGGUCAAGACCUCUUCCAUACAAGCCAGGGAACAUAAAUUACCUAACUACAAGUUUAGGAAUGUGAUUGGCCUGAAGCCACAUGACAAAAACCCAGCACAAAUAUCUGAGGGUUGCUCAAAAAAAAUCAGAUGAGAACCACUAAUCAACUCAAUUCUUUACUUUUGAUGUCCGCUAGAUUUCAUUUCUGGAUUUUUGAGUGUUACUUAAUGUAAGAAUAACUCAUGUUUUGGUCAAUAAAAUAUGAUGUCACAAGAUAA